AUGAAAAAUCUGCUGUUGCUAAACGGCGCCGCGCAGCAGCGCAGCAGCAGCUCAGAGCCAGGCUGCUGCGCUCCCAGCAGCAGCAGCAGCAGCAGCAGCAACAGCAGCCAUACAAGCAGCGACGAGGCACAGCAGCAUCAGAAGCAAGAGAGACCACUGCAGCAGCAGCAGCAGAAACGGCUGCGGCUGCAGCACCAGCGACAGCGGCAGCAAGAGUGGGAACUGCUGCUGCUGCUGCUGCUGCUGCUACAGCAGCUGCUGCUGCUGCAGCUGCUCCUGCGGCAACAGCAGCAAACGUGCACCAGCAGCGACUUGUGGAAGCAGGCUUACAGCCAUGGCCAAGCUGAUGCACCUCAGCAGCAGCAGCAACAGCAGCAGCAGCAGCAGCAACAGCAGCAGCAGCAGCAGGAACAGCAGCAGCAGCAGGAACAGCAGCAGCAGCAGCAGCAGAAGGGAGCAGCAGCAGCAGCAGCAAAUUGGGCCUUUCCGCAGGCGGACUGA